AUGCGUCGCACACAAGAGGAUGCCGAGGUGAAAAAGGCCUUUGAAGCGCGGAACAAAGACCUUUGGUCGGGUAUCGAUGCCUCGAUCCUUGCAGCCGAGAACGAAGCGCGCAAGAUCGCCGCGGCCGAAGCAGCUCGACUCGAGGCAGCGCGCAAGUCGCAAGAAGAAGCCGAGCGUAAAGCUGCCCAAGCGCGUCAGGCUGAACUCGACCGCAUCGAGGCCGAGAAGAAAGCGGCUCAGGCGGAUGCAGAGCGACGUAAACAGGAGGCCGAAGCCGAAGCGGCCAAGCAGAAGCAAAAUGAAGCAGAACAGGCGAGGAUUCGUGCCAUGGGCGGUAGCGGAGACGACAUCCGCAAAGCUGCAGUUACAGAGUACGACGAGUGGAUGACCAAGAUCCGUCAUAUCAAGACCAACGUGCUGCCCACCAUCUCAUCCAACGCCGACUUGCGCAAGCAGUGCUUUGCGGCCAAGCGCCAGAUCACGCCUAAGAUUGGACAGCUGACCAAUUCGCGGCAAGAGAUCACCCGUAUCACACAGGCGAUUGCCGGCGUGCUCGAUGCAGCGAAACAGGCGACUGCGUCGAGUGGAGGCGAUGUGUAUACUUGGAUCCUCAACCACUUGUCCAAGUGUCUCAUCCGGCAGGCUGAGCAAGAGGUGGCUGCGAAACAGGACACUGCAUACCCUUUGGCGCGCGUCGUUGUCUGGCUGGUGUUGCUCGGACACGUAGAGUUGGCGGACGUGUUGAUGGCACGUCUGUGCAAGAAGUGUCCCUGGGUGGUGCCCGUGUGGCCGGCGCGCACCAAGGACAUGGAUGAAGCAGCCUACCGCAAAGUGAUGGGUUACAAGGCGGCCGACGAGACGACGGAAAAUUACUCGAACCGCAUGAACGGCAUCACUGCCUUCUACUUUGCCAUCCUACAGACUGUCCCCACCCCUCCACCAGGCGCCUCUGCGCUCGACGUCGACAAGAUCCCGCUGCACAUCCGCUCGACCACGUUGUGGCGGUGGAGCGUGCGGGCGCUCACACCGUCCACCUCAAAGAUCGCCUUUUUGGACCAUCCCAUGUGCCCCUCGAUCUGGUCCGUGUUUGUUGAGACUGCCGGCCCGUAUGCGCUCAAGGUGUACGGAAAGCAGAUGCGAAAGGUGUUUACUCUGCUUCUGCAGCAAGGUGUUCAGGGCAAGAAGGCUGGCUGGUUGCAGCAUGGAGACGACAAGCCGUACGUCAAGGCUGCGACGGUGCGACUCGAGCUGCUGUUGAUGGAUUGGAGUGCUUCGCCGGGGCAGAGUGUCAUUCAUAACGCGACCAAGGGCGUAGAGAUGGAGCCUUAG